ACCCAGUAUAUAUAUCCUACAUUUUUUGUCACAGAGGAGCCCAAUUUAAAAGUUAAAACCCAAACAACCCCUCUUCAGUGUAGCUCCUCAGCCACCGCUCGACGAAGGAACCGCGCCCGACGCUUCGGCCAACAGAUAUAGUGAAACAGAGAAUGGGUAUUUCACAAGAGAAGUCAGGCAAGAUUAUGGAUACAGUCAAUGGACGAGAAGAAAGGCCUUUCGAUUUUUGGCAUGUCCUAUUUGGGGGUGCUAUAGCUGGAGGUGUUGCUGGUGUUGUUGUGGAAACAGCUUUGUACCCAAUUGACACAAUAAAAACUAGACUUCAAGCAGUUCGUGGUGGCGGAAAAAUCAAUUUGAAAGGACUCUAUUCUGGAUUAAGAGGAAAUCUUGUCGGUGUCUUGCCGGCAUCGGCAGUAUUUGUUGGUGUAUAUGAACCUACGAAGCAAAAACUACUGAACAGCUUCCCUGACAACCUUAGUGCCUUGGCUCAUUUGACUGCAGGUGCUAUUGGAGGGGCUGCAUCUUCUAUUAUUAGGGUGCCUACUGAGGUUGUUAAGCAAAGGAUGCAGACCGGACAAUUUGCUUCAGCUGCUGAUGCCGUCCAGUGUAUUUUUGUCAAGGAGGGUUUUAAAGGCCUAUAUGCGGGAUAUGGGUCAUUUUUAUUGCGAGACUUGCCUUUUGAUGCCAUCCAGUUCUGUAUCUAUGAGCAACUUCGAAUUGGGUAUAAGCUAGCGGCUAGAAGGGAAUUGAAAGACCCUGAAAAUGCUAUAAUUGGUGCAUUUGCUGGUGCGAUAACUGGAGCUAUAACAACUCCUCUUGAUGUGAUAAAGACUAGAUUAAUGGUUCAGGGACCAGCAAACGAGUAUAAAGGUAUUGUUGAUUGUGUUAAAACUAUAGUAAGAGAAGAGGGAACUCCUGCUUUUUUCAAGGGUAUAGGGCCUAGAGUACUGUGGAUAAGUAUUGGAGGUUCGAUUUUCUUCAGCGUUCUUGAAAGGACAAAGAAGAUACUUGCGGAAAGGCGUCCUGUGGAUCAUAACUCAGCUUCUUUCAAGUUGGAUUAACAUCGGAUCUAGCAAUUUUUGUUAGGUUUAAUUCUCCUUGCUUGAGAUCUAAAGCAGGAAGAACUGUGGAGGGAAUCUCCAUCCAUUUCCCCUGUUUUUUCAAGUUUUUAUGCCUUUUCAGAGGAAAUGGCUAAUCCAAUAACACAAGUUUCGUAGCGGGACUGGAGCAAGCUAUUUUGAGACACGGUUUCUUCUGAAAUAGAUUCGGUUCGGAAUUGUUGUCUAAGAUCUGGUAUUGAAAUAGAUUGAGAGGUUUUUUUUCUGCC